GCCACCUUUGUGGAGAGAGGAGGAGCAAGGACAGCGCAACCAUGGUGGUAUCGGUGGUGGCGAAGUACAUGCAGGCGUACAGGCAGUUCGGCUUGAGGGCGGCGCUUACCAAGAUGUACACGGUCGGGGACAUUAAGUUCGGAGACUUGAAAGGGGAGGAUUCGCACGGAAACAAGUACUACGAGAACAAGGACUACCCUUACGGCCAACACAGAUGGGUAGAGUACGCCGACAUCCACAACUACGACAGCAGCUCCGUCACGGCCUCGUGGCACCCGUGGCUGCACCACAUGAGCGACCACACCCCCUCGGCCGCGGCAGAGCUUCCGGAGAUGAAGCCCAUCGAAAUCGCCGUCGGGCAGCACACGCCGCACAACGACUUCGUGGCGCCCGGGCGGGUCGACGACGUCAACCGAUCCACGUGGAGGCCGCGGGGUGCGGGGAUGGGUAACAUCUGGCAGGAGCCCGGGGAGCCCGACAUGUACUACAAGCAGCCGGGGCACCCGCAGCAUGCGCUGUCUGACAAGGGGGGACGAUUCAGCAAGCAGAAGAGCAUGGAGACGUGGGACCCCAAGGACCCGAAGGGCUUGAACACCAAGCAGCCGAUCCGAGACCUGACGGAAGUGUAACCGCUGGUCUGGGGAUAUAGGCGUAAGGGUAGCGGUGUUUCCUCCAUGGUGCCGUCAUUGUCGAAUGCGGAUUGUGGAGGUUGCCGCGCCUUGUUUUUCGGUCUCUCUUGCCUCAUUCGUGUUUUGUCGAGGCAAGAUAGUUCCAGUGAGUAGAAAGACCCUUACAGAAGACAGCAUGUCGUUUUGCUCCAGGGAAUGGCGUAAGGCGGUUCGCUUUCGUGUUGAAAGGGAACGCCGUUGUUCGUUGUGAGAUGCUUCAUCGUCGCCGUUGUUCCCGAGGGAAUGCCGUUCGUUCUGUGGGAAAGCAGUCGCCGUUAUUGUUUUGUCUUUUCUCUCCAUUACGGGUGGAUAUCGUCAGCGCUAGCAGCGAUUGCAGGGCGCGCGGGCGGGCCGACGUUGCCCAUCUUGGGCCCAUUUUUUAGUUAGUGUUAAGGUUAGGGUUUAAAAGACGGAGGGUACGCAAACCCCGGGUAUGGUGAUCGCCUUCAGGUGGAUACCUGCGGGGAUGUUGAUCGGGAGUGAGGGUCGGAUCGCGCAUUUACCCCGUUUUGACGCGUCGGAGAGGGCACCGAACGUUGUGUGAACUGGCGCCAGAAUUUAUUGGACGGCCACACCCAAACACACAACUCGGUGUCCACUAAUGGAUCAUUACCGUUUAGACAGAAGUGUCAGCGUCUUACAUGAAGAAACCCCGACUCUCUAAUCG